AUGUUUUUUCUCUCUCGCUUGUUCUAUUGCUUUUUCUCUCACUCAUUCCCUUUCCUUUUCAUUCUCUUUUUCCCUUUACUUUUCUCUCUCACUUUCCCUUUCUCUCUCUCGUUCUCUUUCUCUUUUCAUUCUCUUUCCUUUUCUUUCUCUUUCUUUCCUUUUUCUUUCUCUCUCACUUUUCUCUUUCGUUCUCUUUCUCUCUCUCGUUCUCUUUCUCUCUCACGUUCCCUUUCCCUUUCACGUUCCCUUUCCGUCUCUCUCUCUCGUUCGCUUUGCUUCUCUCUAGAUUCCUUUGCCUCUCUCUCUUUUCCUUCCUUUGCUCUCUCUCUCUUACGUUCCCUUUGCUUCUCUCUCUCUUGUUCCUUUGCUCCCUCUCUCUCUCUCUUUUUCCUUCGCUUUUCUCUCUCUCUUUUAUCUCUCUUUUUAUAUUUUCCCUUUUUUGUCCUCUCUUUUCCUUUUUCCUUUCCUUCUCUCUUUCAUUCCUUUGCUUCUCUCUUUCUCCCUUCCCUUUGCUCUUUCUCUUUUCGUUCCCUUUGCUUCUCUCUCUCUCUUUUUCGUUCCCUUUGCUUCUCUCUCUCUCUUUUCGUUUCCCUUUUCCUUUCUCUCUUUUCGUUUUCCUUUCUCUCUCUCUCUCUCUUUUCGUUCCUUUCUCUUUCCUCUCCUCUCUCUUUUUUCUUCCUUCUCUCGUUCUCUUUUGUCUUCCUUCCUUUCCUCCUCUCUUUUGUUCUCUUUUGUCUCUCUCUCUAUCUUCCCUUUCCUUCUCUCUCUCUCUCUCUUCCUUUGCUUUCCUCUCUCUCUCUUUGCCUUUUCUCUCUCUCGUUCCCUUUGCCUCUCUCUCUCUCUCGUUCCCUUUGCUUUUCUCUCUCUCUCCCUUUGCUUCUCUCUCUCUCUUUUUUGUUCCCUUUCUCUCUCUCUCUUUCUCUUCUCUCUUUCCCAUUUUGCCUUUCUCUCUCUCUCUCUUUCUCGUUUCCCAUUUGCCCUUUCUCUCUCUCUCCCUUCCCCAUUUUCUUUCCUCUCUCUCUCUCUUCCCCAUUUUGCCUUUCGUCUCUCUCUUUUUCCCAUUUUGCCUUUCUCUCUUAUCUCCUUCUUUCCCAUUUGUUCCCUUUCUUUCUCUCCUCUUUCCCAUUUUCCUUUCUCUCUCUCUCGUUCCCAUUUUGCCUUUCUCUCUCUCUCGUUCCCAUUUGCCUUUUCUCUCGUUCCCAUUUGCCUUUCUCUCUCUCUCUAGUUCCCCUUCUCUCUCUCGUUUCCUUUUCUCUCUCUCUCUCUCUCUCUCUCUGGUUCCCAUUUGCCUUUCUCUCUCUCUCCAUUUCUUUGCUUUCUCUCUCUUUCUCUCUCUCUCUCUUCCCAUUUUGCCUUUCUCUCUCUCUGCGUUCCCAUUUGCCUCUCUCUCUCUCUAGUUCCCAUUUUACUUCUCUCUCUCUUUUGUUCCCAUUGCAUCUCUCUCUCUCUAAUUUCCUUUUGCCUUUCUCUCUCUCUUUUUCCCAUUUUUCCUUUCUCUCUCUCCUAGUUUCCUAUUUUUCCUUUCUCUCUCCUCUAGUUCCCCAUUUUCCUUUCUCUCUCUCUCUCUCUUCCCUUUUUCCUUUCCCUCUCUCGUUCCUUUGCCUUUUCUCUCUCUCGUUCCCCUUUGUUCUCUCUCUCUCGUUCCCAUUUUGCCUUUCUCUCUCUCUCGUUCCCAUUUCGCCUUUCUCUCUCUCUCCUUUCCUCUCUUCUCUCUUUUCCCUUUCUUCUCUCUCUCUACUCUUUUCCCAUUUCGUUCCCUUUCUUCUCUCUCUCCCCCUUUGCCCUCUCUCUCUCGUUUCCCAUUUUGCCCUUUCUCUCUCUCUCGUUCCCUUUGCUUCUCUCUCUCUCUCACUUUGCUCUCUCUCUCUCUCCUCUCUCUUUCUCUCCCUUUGCUUCCUCUCUUCUCUCUCUCUCUUUCGUUCCCUUGCUUUUCUCCUCUUUCUCUCUUCUUUUCUUAUAUGUUCCCUUUCCUUUUGUCUUACUCUCUUCUUCCUUUUCCUUCUCACUCUCUCUCUCAUUCCCUUUACUCCUCUCUCUCUUUAUCUCUUUAUUCUUAUAUGUCUCAUUCCUUUUUCUCUCUCUCUUCAUUCCUUUCCUCACUCUCUCUCUCAUUCCCUUUACUCAUCUCUCUCUCUUAUUCCCUUUCCUUCUCCCUUUCAUGCCUCUUUCCUUCAUUCUCUUUUUGUCAUUACUCCUGAGAUGAAAUCUGCUUCACUUUAUAUUCCUGUCUGUGGCAGCUUGUUCAUAUCUAUUCAUCUCUCAUUGUCUCAUUCUUUUUAUUUUUUUAAUCUCAGAUUCUUUAUUAAAGUUUGUCUCUCAUCUAUCUGUCAUAUUCCUAUCUUUAUUUCUUUCUUUCUCAGUCUGUUCAUGUCUCUCCAUCAAAUCUGA